GUGGCAACACGGCCCCUGAUUACAAACACUGUGGAUUAAUUAUUGUGCUUUUACUAACCCGUAUUUUAUCAUAUUUUGUUGAAGUUUAUAUUUUAAUAAAACAAUAAUUUUUAAAAAAUGUCAACAGACUUAAUUGGAUUUUUAUAUGCCGCAACUGUUGCCGCUGGUGGUAUUAUGGGCUAUGUUAAAGCCGGUUCCAUACCAUCAUUGGGUGCUGGAGUGGCAUUCGGUGCCAUUCUCGGUGUGGGUGCAUACUAUAAUUCGCAGGAUCCGCCACGUCCACUCUUGCAGUUGGGCACUUCUGUGGCUUUGGCCGGUAUCAUGGGCUCACGUUGGCAACGAUCUGGUAAAAUGAUGCCUGCUGGCAUGAUUUGCAUUAUAUCUGUUGCAGCCAUACUUCGAAAUUUAAUCACUUACAAUCGUUACUUGCCAUUACCGGGAAGACAACAGUAAAUCUUUAUGUAGUAUAUGCAUAUAAAUCAGUUUGAGCGCUUGUAGUUAAUUGCUGGCAGAAAAACUUGCCUUUUUUACACUCACACAGAGUAGAAUAUUUUGUUUAUAAUUAAUUAUAGACGUUAACAUAUGAACUUACUAA